GCAGGCGAACCCGGAGAAUUGACCAAGAAAAUUUGAAAUAAAAAAACAUUGGAAUACUUUCUGAAUGAAUGCAGGCGUCCUAACUGUCCGCUGAGGGGAGCGAAGUAGCGGAUUACAGCGCUUCAGCGACGCUUGAAUGUAUGGGCUGCGGCUUGGCUCUACGACAAAUAGCGGCGCGUCCAUUUUGCACGCAGGUAGGAAGCAUUCAGAGCGUGAGGUUCGUCACUUGGUGGGGGGUCACGUCCUGGACUCGGGGCCACUCUCGGGGGGCCCUGUCAUUGGGGAGACAUGCUGAGGAGGAGCCUGGGGAGGAGCGGUUUCUCUAAGCCGUGCUGCUGAGCCGCCCCCCCCCCCCCCACCCCGACUCCCUUAUCAGCCUGCUAUCUUCAUGCCUGAGCCGCCCCGCCACCCUCGGGGGAACCCCAGCCACGGAGCCCAUCGUGCCAGCGGCUGAGCCGCCGUCUGACAUGCCUACGGAGGCACUGCGCUCAGAGGGUGCGGUCAGAGUGCCCGGCCAGGUCACGCCGGCGCCUGCCGUCCCCCUGCGCAUCCUGAACAAGGGACCCGAAUACUUCCGGCGCACGGCCGAGCCCAACCCCAAGCGGCUGAGCGCCGUAGAGCGGCUGGAGGCCGACAAGGCAAAGUACGUGAAGAGCCAGGAGGUGAUGAAGAGCCGACAGGAGCCGGUGAAGCCGCCAGCCGGCCAGGCCGCCGCCCCCAAGGCCUGCAACAACAAUGCCAAGGCGGACAGCUGUGUGCAGAGGGGCAACCUCAACCUGGACAUUCUGAGGAACAUUCUGAACAGCUCAGAGGGCACGUCGGCUGGUAAGGCCCAGGGCGCACGCAGCUGGGCGCCUCGACGCUCAGCUGAGCCGGCGGGCAACCUGAACGUCAGCCGGCGCCUCCUAGAGGAGGGAUCGAGCCACCUGCCGCCGCUAUAUGCCUCUCACAGUUCCUCGGAUAUCAGGAGGGCGUGUCACGGCAAGGCCUACCGCGUGGCACCCAGCUGUGGCUCCGCCCCUCCGUUGCCGACCAGGCGCGGUGCCCCGGCCAUCACCGUGCCACCUCUGGAGACAGAUGGGGUUGGGUCAGUGCUCUCGGCCGGGGCGCCCCCCCUGCGCCGAUCGAAAUCUGACCUGAGCGAGCGACUGGGGGUCCGGCCCGACGCCGACCAGUUCUUCAGCCACUGUGGCCUGGACCCUGAGGAGAUGGAGAACGCGGACGUGGAGAGCGGCCCCCGUGCCGGCUCCGACAUCAUCUCGCUGAACUUCCGCAGCGCUAGCGUGCUCAGCUCGGACCGCGAACGCUCACCCCACAGUGACGGCGAGCCCACGGACGACGAGGACGAUGGGGACCGUGUGCCCUAUGGCAUCUCGGCUGUGGAGCGCAAUGCUCGCGUUAUCAAGUGGCUUUACGGCAUCCGGCAGGCCCGCGAGACGCACAGGGUCUCUCAUGUCUGACGGCAGUGCGCCCCGCACAAACAUUUGGAAGAUAUUGCCCACAGGGACCCAAAGGGAUCCAUUUGGACUCCCCCUUUCCUAGCAGGGCUCUGCUGUUCCAUUUGGGCCCGGCUCCACUGAUCGGGUCCCUCCUUCGGUACCAGCGAGUGGGUCACCACGUGCCAUCUUAUUACCCAGCAGCCUUUGCGGUAUAAAGGCUUGCCCUGACAGCUGUAAAUUUCACUUGCCGAAAUAAACUGUUUUUUCAUUUAAAUGUUUUGAAGACGUGUAUAUACCUCAAAGUGACCAAAUCUGUGAUUAUUAUAAGUGGUGGUCUGCGCUACAUGUCGAAAAAGAAAAAAAAGUUGUUCCCCUACAGUCUGUUAUAUCCUGAUGCAGGUGUUUGGCUGUGACAUUCAGUGUUCAGUACUUGGUUGAGAAUAUCAGCACACGUUUUGUUCACUUUUUAUUUAGCGUUGAUCUGGUUAAUAAAGAAAUAGGGGCAACUCUGUGAACCUGGAAGAGCAAAUUAAUUCUAAAUAAAUAAA